GAGGACGCGGCGAGACACGGCGGCGGUUUCUUGGAAGAAACUACGAGUGUUCGACAAAGGCUGUAAAACGGGUGCGAACGAGGGAGUCGAGUGUGAUCCGGGAACCGGUGGGAUUCAAACACGAAACCUGGGUCAAGGAUCGAGGAAAACCGAAUAUCGAAACGAUGUGAGAGGAAUAUAUGGACGGACACCAAACGGAUUGGGCAGAUUCGGCGAAAUCACGAACACGUGGCGAGACGUAAAGCGGGCGUUGAGCCUGCUGUGCGUAAAGAAAUUUUCCGGCAGCGCGACAAUGCUGGAGGCGCCGCCCGGGAGUCGCGAAGACCUCGUCGAGGCGGCAAGAACUCCGUGUACACCUACCGAUCUGGACACGAUGCUGUACGGAUACACGAACAGCAUAUACGUGCUGGACCACACGCCUGAGUCGUUGCCGGAUAUGGACAUGCUGCAACUGUUCGCGUCUCCGGCGGGUCGAGCGCUGCUCACUAACGACAAUCGGCCGCGAGGAUCAACGUCGACCUCCUCCUUGUCUCGAGAGUUCUCGUCGAGGCUGAAGAGCGGCAGGAGACCAUCGGGUACCGGCACAGUCAGCGCACCUACGUCGCCGCCAAGACGGCGGAAGUCGAGCGCCGAGCUCUAUAAGGAGGCCGUCGAGAUCCUCGGCCUAACUUGCUCACUGACCGAUAGCUGCCGGUGCAUCGAUUGCCAGAGCAACUACUUCGACUGCGACGACGAUUGCGCCGACGCCGGUACGGAAUUGGCUGCGGGCACUCCUAUUUUAUUGGACCACGCUCUGUCGCAUCAUCUGACUGUAUGUUCCAUACAGUAGCAGGCGACUGGCAAGACUACGAAGAGAUCGGCCCUCGGUUAACCCGCUCUGCCACAUCUACCGAAAGAGGAUGGCGACGUCGCCGGCAUGUCGACAUCCCUCAAGAAAAUACGCAACGCUCGCGUUCGGGACGGGGAUCCGCGACUGACUAGAAGCAACCAGCGCGGCAACGACAUUAUGCAGCGAUCGAAUAUGUAACUCGGGAAUGUCGAGUCGUUCGUUUUGUGUUUCGCCCAGAAACGCCGCCCGCGCGCAGAACUCACGCAAAUAUUUUCUCCCGCUAAAUCGUCGUCCGCCUGACAGUUCGCGCGAUCGACCGAUUAUCAGCCCGACGGACUUCCCCGUCGGGGGGAAAAGAGAGAGAAAAUCGGAGAAUCGCACUUCACGGACAACGUAAAUUUCUGUUCGAACGCAUUCCCGUACGCGUCUCAUCGAGUGCACUCCAUCGGAUAUGUUUUAUAAUCCUUUCGGGACAUAAUACACGCACGUCGUCGGAUUUGUAAUACGAAAGGUGACGGAACAACGGAAUAAUCACUCGCGGCAAUGUUCUGUGUUACUUGCUUUCAGCGGUGCAACGACUCGCACACUUUUGUCGUAUCGUCGAAAACUCGAGGCCUCGGAAAGUUGCGUUCAGAAAAGCGACGGAAAAGCACGGCUCAAAAAUCGGCGGACAAAUUGAACAAUGCUAAAUAGCGCCAAAUUUACCAGAUAGGAGAUUCUAAUUAAUAAUUAGCGCCUGCGCCGCGUUCGCCGCCGCUCUCCGACAUUCAUCGGAUAAACGUAUCGUAUUGUUUAAUCGGAUUGC